AUGUCUACAUUUUACAAUAGCCAGGCCGGUACCUGGCAGGAGCGCCUUGAGGAUGCCUGCCGCGAAGCAAGCAUUCUACCUCCCGUCUUUCAAAUCGUCUCUGAGCGACGUGGCUGCCGUACCGCGUGGUCCAGUCGAGUAACCGUCUACGGCCGCACCCACGAGGCGCGGUUUUGGUACGACGGCAAGAACUUGAACAAUGCGAAAGAAGAUGCAGCCGAGAUGGCACUGAACUAUCUGACCGGCUCAAACCCCAGCUAG